AUGUCCAUCGAUUUGAACUGGGAGACUCUGACCUCGGGACCCGAUGGCAUCGCAUUGGCUGAGAAGAUCCGAGAUUUUAUUGAUGGGAAAUUUCAGACGAUAACACUUCCACGUUUUAUCAAAAGUGUGAAUGUUCACAAUUUCGAGUUUGGGAGUAUUUCUCCAGAAAUUGAGCUGAAGGACCUAUGUGAUCCUCUUCCAGAAUUUUAUGAGGAGACCGAAGACAACCACGGCAAUGAUGGUGAGGACGAAGAUGAUGAAGAGGGAUGGAGUGUAAAGAGCGAACAGCAUGAGACAUUGCGAGAGAGGCGAAGGUUGGACCGAGCUGAGAGAACGAAUGGGACCGGACAAGCCACACAGGUUCCACCUUACAUCAACACACGGUUGUCAGGAGUAAGAUCCACACAUACAAUAGGGGACUUGGGAAGUCCCUUUCUCGGUGUUAGCACACCAGGGAUACCAGGCGGCACCUCAAAUUUGGGUUACUUUCAUUCACAUCUUACGUCCGGGCUUUCAGGAGCCCACACGCCUCUUGCCGCUGUCGCAGGUGCUCAUCUACCAAAUGGCUGGCCGGAUUACUCGAGUCUACCAUUGAAUAGAAGAGGGCACCAUCAGACUCCCAGCGGAAGCUCGCUCUCUCCUCCGCCCACCGCAGAUUCAAAUCAACAGAUGUUACGUGAACGUGCCAGUGUUUCUACAUUGGCUCCGUCAACCUCUACGACUAGACCUCAGACUCGAGAAGGUCUGAUGGAAGAGACUGUUGAGGAAGAACCGAUCUCACCUCCACGACGAUUCCGAGAACCAAGAGUUGAGGAUCUGCAGACAGUUUUUCGCGUACGAUAUGCAGGUGAUGUGAGGCUGUCGCUCACAGCUGAGAUUCUACUAGAUUACCCUAUGCCAAGUUUUGUAGGCAUUCCUGUAAAGCUGAACAUUACUGGAGUAUCAUUUGAUGGCGUAGCAGUCUUGGCACAUAUUCGAAAACGAGCGCAUUUUUGCUUCCUGUCACCUGAAGACGCAUAUGCUGCUAUCGGAACAGAUGAGGAUGAUCAAGCCCCUGCUAGUGGUAUGAAAAUGGGCGGUCUUCUACAUGAGAUUAAAGUAGAAAGCGAAAUCGGACAGAGAGAAAAUGGGAAGCAGGUUCUGAAGAACGUGGGCAAGGUUGAGAAAUUCGUCUUAGAACAGGUCAGACGGAUUUUUGAGGAUGAAUUCGUAUACCCUAGUUUCUGGACCUUCUUGGUAUGA